CACGGAGGAGAGCUGCUAAAACUAUCUGCAGUUUGAAGAUGACUGAAACCAACGUGGUGAUACACAAAACUUGACAAGCUUCAUUCACCACUGAAACACUUCAACUAUGAAGUCAAACUAGGUUACCAUCUACAAAAUAAAUGCUCACACACCUACUGUCACUGAGAGGAUAAAUGGCACAGCAAGGAGUUCAAGUGGAUCGAGAAACCAUCACUUGUUCAAUCUGUUUGGAUCUACUGAAGGAUCCGGUGGCUAUUCCCUGUGGACACAGCUACUGCAUGAACUGUAUUAAAUCUCACUUUGAUGAAGAGGACAGGAAGGGAAGCCACAGCUGCCCUCAAUGCAGGAAGACUUUCAUACCGAGGCCUGUCCUGGUUAAAAACAUUGUGUUAGCAGAUUUAGUGGAACAGCUGAAGAAGACUGGACUCCAAGCUGCUCCAGCUGAUCACUGCUAUGCUGGACCUGAAGAUGUGGCCUGUGAUGUCUGCACUGGGAAGAAGCUGAAAGCCAUCAAAUCCUGUUUAUCUUGUCCAGCCUCUUACUGUGAGAAACACCUCCAACCUCACUAUGAUGCAGCUCCAUUACAGAAACACAAGCUGGUGGCCCCCUCCAAGAAGCUCCAGGAGAACAUCUGCUCUCGUCAUGAUGAGGUGAUGAAGAUUUUCUGUCGUACUGAUCAGCAGAGUAUCUGUUAUCUCUGUACAAUGGAUGAACAUAAAGGCCAUGAAACAGUCCCAGCUGCAGCAGAAAGGACUGAGAAGCAGAAGGAGCUCGAGGUGAGACGACUAAACAUCCAGCAGAGAAUCCAGGAGCGAGAGAAAGAUGUGACGCUGCUUCAACAGGAGGUGGAGGCCAUCAAUGGCUCUGCUGAUAAAGCAGUGGAGGACAGUGAGAAGAUGUUCACUGAGCUGAUCCGUCUCAUCCAGAAAAGAAGCUCUGAUGUGAAGCAGCAGGUCAGAUCCCAGCAGGAAACUGAAGUGAGUCGAGUCAAAGAGCUUCAGGAGAAGCUGGAGCAGGAGAUCGCUGAGCUGAAGAGGAAAGACGGCGAGCUGGAGCAGUUCUCACACACAGAGGAUCACAACCAUUUUAUACACAACUACCCCUCACUGUCAGCACUCAGUGAGUCUACACACUCACCCAGCAUCAAUAUUCGUCCUCUGAGCUACUUUGAGGAUGUGACAGCAGCUGUGUCAGAGACCAGAGAUAAACUACAGGACAUUCUGAGAGAGGAAUGGACAAACAUCUCACUGACAGUCACUGAAGUGGAUGUUUUACUGUCACUACCAGAGCCAAAGACCAGAGCUGAAUUCUUAAAAUAUUCAUGUGACAUCACACUGGAUCCAAACACAGCACACAGAUGUCUGUUAUUGUCUGAAGGAAACAGAAAAGCAACAGUAAUAAAACAACCAUUACAUUCUGAACAUUCAGAUAGAUUCACCUUUUGGUUUCAGGUCCUGAGUAGAGAGAGUCUGACUGGACGUUGUUACUACGAGGUGGAGUGGAGUGGGAGAGCAAUUUAUGUAGCAGUUGCUUACAAAAAUAUCAGUAGAGUCCUCGGUCCUCCAGAAAACAGAAGCCCAGGAAAGCCCCCGGACCAGACGGUGUUUCACCCUCCUGCCUCAAAACCUGUGCUGAACAGCUGGCUCUCAUCUUUACCCCCAUCUGCGGAGCUGUGUGAAGUUCCCUCCUGCUUCAAACGCUCCACCAUCAUCCCGGUCCCCAAGAAACCCACCAUUACAGGACUGAAUGACUACAGACCUGUCGCCUUGACGUCUGUGGUCAUGAAAUCCUUUGAACAACUGGUGUUAGCCCAUCUGAAGGACAUUACAGGCCACCAGUUGGACCCCCUUCAGUUUGCCUACUGGGCAAACAGGUCAGUGGAUGAUGCAGUGAACUUUGGGCUGCAUUACAUCCUGCAACACCUUGACCGCCUGGGAACUUAUGCCAGGGUCCUGUUUGUAGACUUUAGUUCGGCUUUUAACACCAUCGUGCCUGAACUUCUCUCUUCCAAACUCUCCCAGGCUCAGCGUGUCACCAUGCAGCUACCUGUCAGUCGAUCACCAGCUACCUGA